AAAAAAAAUCGAGAAUUUGUCCUACAUAUGAAUUGCUAUAAAAAUGAUCAGGCAUAGUAUUCGUUAUGUGAAUAUUUGGUAAAAUUUUUAAAUAUAUAAGUUUGGUCGUUGUGGGGUAACAUGAAAAAUUUAAUUUACUUUAACAAAAUUUUGUUUUGAGUAAAAAUACACGUUGUUUUCUUCAUUUUUUUUUCUCCAACUCUUAUCUACCUAACUUAUGGUGAAGUUGAAAAUCUAUGCAUAUUUUCCGCUCCAGAAGGCAACGACAGAUAAUUCACACACAUCAUUGCAAAACCACUACAUUCAUCACACCUCUCAGAAUCUAAAAUAUCAUUUUAUACUUUUCUAAAAUAAAACUAUUCGAAAUACGGCAACAAUAUUACUAUAAAUAUAAGUUCUAUAAGCAAAAGUCUGACAUGCAUCUCUGGAAUCCAUUAGUCCAUGAAGAAAUAACGGUGAAACAUAAUGAACAAAAAAUAGUUGUUUAAACAACUUGACGAUUAUUUUCUGUUAUAUUUUUUUAGUGUGGAGGCCCAUAUGAAUAUGAUUCAAGUCUGGUUGGAUAUAGGUGUUGAAAGAUUACGAAUGGAUGCCAUUCCCACGCGUAUUAAAUAUGACAACCAGUAUUUAUUUAUUCACCUAAAUUGGACGGUGGAAAAUAACAAGGGAUGAAACUACCGCGAAUUGUUUAUCUUGACCUUCCAAAUGUAAUAACUAUAGAUCAAUUUUUUUAUUAGAACGACAUUCAAAGUUGAUAAGAUCGAAGAAUUUUUUCUACUACAAAACAUGGAAUGCCGGAUAUAACAACAUAUUAAGUGGUUACUACUCCUGUAUAAUCAACCAGGGGCCAGAAUAUAUUUCAUAACGAUAAUGCCUGUUUCCUGUUAAGUAUUAAUCUAUAUAACUAAUAAUCUAAUAUUAUAUCAUAUUAUAUUAUGUUUUUGAGAUGGAUAUAUUUUUUUUUUUUACAGUCACUGAACCAAUAGAAACAAAGCAUUAACAAAUAAAUAAAUAGUAAUCUGAAAUUGUUUUUCUAUUGAUAUGUUAGGUUUUAAAAUUUAAUACAUAAGGCACUCAGAAUCGUAUUUCGUAUGCAAUAAUUAAUUUAUAUUAUUGAAUUAAAAUUUAACACAUCAGUUACAGUAACUCAUCUAGACACCAUAUAAUGUACAGCAGAACAACUUCAACGAUUUUUUUGGUUUUUAUUUUUUCCCGAAACGUUUUUCCUCAAUAUUUUUUAAUCAAUUCCAAAAAUCCCAUACACAAACAAAAAUACUUUGUUGUUAAUAGUUUUUAGUAUUUUAUUUUGGUUCAAUUACUCAUCUACGCUGCACUUGCAGCAAUCUACGUUGAACUUUAUAUAAUUUAUAAUACAAAUUGAGCUUUUUUUAAUCUUAUUUAUAUUUCGACAGUUUUAAUUAAAUUAGAUUAUAUUAUACUAAUAAUUGUUUCUAUAAAGCAAUACAACUAAAUUUAUGAUACAUAUUAUAAAAGUUAUAUAAUAUAAUACUCUUAUCUCUAAAAUUAAAACUAUAUAAUGUCGUUCAUUAGUAGUCAACUUGCACUAGUAUUUUAAACUAUGUCUAUGUGACUUGUGGUUUAGAUUCGUAUUCUAUUUAGGUAUCAUAAAAAUGUCAUUCGUUAUAUUUCUGUGUUGUAUUAUUCUGGGUGUCAAAGCUGGGAUUAAUGAAAUAGUUGAUCUCCACCAUGAAGAAAUAUCUAGCAUUGAGUCCAACAAGAUCUUUAGUAGAACCUUCAACUUUUUGCAGAACUUGGAAAAUGAAGUUAUAGAGGACUACAUAGAAAGUAUUUCAAAUAAAUACGACUUUUUAAGCAAGAAAAAUAAAACAAACUUAGAUUGGUGGCAAACAGGCAUUAUUUAUGAAAUAUAUCCUCGAUCUUUUAUGGAUUCAACUGGCAAUGGUGUUGGAGACUUACGUGGAAUAAUUGAAAAAAUUCCCUAUCUUAAGUACUUGGGGAUAAGUGCUGUUUGGUUAACUCCAAUAUACCCUUCACCGGGACGUGAUAUGGGUUAUGACAUAACGAAUUACAGAGGAAUUGAUGAACUUAUGGGUACCAUGGAAGAUUUUGAUGAGUUAAUGGAAAAACUUCAUGAAAGCGGAAUCAAAGUUAUUCUUGAUAUUGUACCAAACCAUACAAGUGAUGAACACGAAUGGUUUGUUAAGUCUGUACAGAGUAUAGAACCGUAUACAGAUUAUUACAUAUGGGCCGAUGCAAAAUAUGUAAAUGGGACCAGACAAGUGCCAAAUAAUUGGGAAUCAGUAUUUGGAAAUAGUAUGUGGGAGUGGAAUGAAACCAGACAGAAGUAUUAUUUACAUCAGUUUUUAAAACAACAACCAGACUUGAAUUUUUGGAACCCAUUAGUCCGUGAAGAAAUAAAAGACAUGAUGCGCUUCUGGUUGGAUAAAGGUGUUGAUGGAUUUCGAUUCGAUGCAGUUGAACACCUUUAUGAGAGACAGGAUUUACUGGAUGCACCUAUAUUGGACAAUGGCCAGUUACAGACAAUUAAUUAUACACAAGGAUUAGACGAAGUUUAUUAUGAAGUAUAUGACUGGAGAUCUUUAUUAGAAGAAUAUAAGAAAAAGGAUGAUCAAACAAGAUUCAUGGUUACUGAAUCAUAUGUAGAAUUAAAAUAUUUGAUGAAAUAUUAUGGAAAUGAAACAAACCUUGGAGCCCAUUUUCCUUUUAAUGUAUGUCUUUUAGGCCUGCCUCAUCGGUCUGCGAAAGAAUUUCUUGAGAUGUUAACAGAAUGGAUGUCAAAUUUGCCAUCUGGAGCAUGGUCGAAUUGGGUUGUACGUAUAAUAGUAUAAAAUAUAUUCCUAUAGAUGCAGAAUUUUGUGAUUACCGUGGUCUAUACGUUUUAUAAUAU